UAAAUUGAAGAAGAAAUUCGCAUCCCUGUAACAGAACUCAUUUAGAAAUCGAUAUAAAUCAGCACGAUGAGUGAUCCGGUGAAUAUGUCUCUUGAUGAGAUAAUAGAGCAAAGCAAACAACAAAAUCGAGCGAGUAGAACUCGAGGAAGAGGUGGCGGCGGAAUUCGCGGCCGUGGCGGCCGAGGGCGGGGACGCGGCCGCGGCACUGGCGGUGGAGGCGGUCGCGGUGGUAGUCGCGGACGUAGCCAAUCCCGCUCUGGCACGCCCAGCCCUGGUGCACAAGGACGGUCUCGUUCCCGCUCACGAGCGCGCUCUCAAUCUCGUGCUCGCUCUCGCUCUCGUCAGGGAUUCCGUUCAGCCUCCAGAGGUCGCUCGACCUCCAGAUCCAGGUCCAGACUGCGUGGUUUGACGCCCAGAGGUAGAGCUGGGCUUGAGGAACAAAUGGAAAUGCCCCCUCUAAUCAGAAAUAAUAGAUUUAACAGAGGUGGCCUAUAUAAUGUACUUCGUCGUUCGAACUCGAAUCCGAAUCUACAAGGAAAUGUGCACAGCCGACUCGGUGUAACUACUCGUAGAGGAGCAGCAAAUAUCCGCCGACCGCUAGCUAUAGCAAAAAGAGGAAUCUCAAAGCGGGGUCGAGGCUUUGCAACUGCUUAUAGGUACAGCACAGUAGGACUGAGAUCUGAUCAAAUUCUACAAGAGCAAAGACAGAACAUGCGCAUGCAAAACAAUAUGAUCAAAUCUCAAACUUUCAGACGCUCCAGGAACAACUCUUUCAGCUCAGCAUCUCAGCUGACUGUAAGUGUAGCUAAUGACUUCAUCAGAAAACGUCGCAACAGCGUUGGUGGCACUGGGUAUUUAAACCAACACAGUUUAGCGCAGUUCAAUAACCAAUACGGAGGUUACAAUUUGCGCAGAGGACCUGGUAGCGUAAAAUCAAUGGGCUCCAAUAGGUCUAACAGAUCUAAUCGUUCUAACAGGUCUAAUAGAUCUAACCGUUCAAAUCGAUCCAAUUACAGUAAUCGAUCCAAUAGGUCACGAGGGCGUGGAGGCAAUAAAGGUAUUGGUAGGAAGUUUGUCAACAAACAAAUUUUGAACCCAAAACUGCAGAAAGAGAUUGCCGCAAUUCAGGGAAAGGCAUAUGGCGGCGGUGAUACAGCAGCUACAGAUACUCCCUCUGGAGUGAACUGCAUACCAACUCCCAACGCUACCACGCUCACUUUGCAUCAAAGAUUUGCUAGUACAUAGGUGGAAUAAUAUAAUCAAUUGUGAUUUUUGUUUGAUUAUUUAGACAUUAUAAAAACAUUUUCAUGUGAAUUAAUAGUGAACUUCGUUAAGAAUUUCCUCGUUUGUUAAGUAAGAUACAGAAGUAAAUAUUAAGUUAGUAUUAAUUUACGAUUUGUUUUAGUUAUAAGAUUAUUUCGCAAGGUACUUGUAAAGGUACAAAUUUUGUAACACAAAUAUGCAUGGAAUAAGCAUUGCAUUUGUACUAGGGAUGCAGCGAUACGCAUAUCAGUCCGAUACGAUAAUAUUUUGAGUGAGUUGGUUACAACUCACAAUGAGUUCAGAAACCAGGAUAUAGUAAAAUAAAAUAAAAAAGUGUCUUAUUUUAUCAAUCAACUACAAAUAAUGUACUAAGUAUACAGUUGUCAGGUAAAAAUAUUUAGAGCUUGAGAAAAAAAGACCUAGUGAAGAUAAAUGGAGUGACUAGCCAUUAUACUAAAAUGUUGUCCCUAUCAAUAGUCAGCAGAUUCACAUUGUAUGAUGACAAAUAGCCCUAGAAAAAAAAAUUGCCAAUCAGAUAUGGAUUUUAUGGAACAGUAUAAUUAUAAAUUGUAGUGGAAACAAUUUUAUUUAGCAUGUUAUGAUUUGUGAUCUCUGAAACCACUUCAUUUAAUUUUUCUAGAAACAUUUUUUCGAGAUCUUUACAACUUCCCUUCGCUUUUUUAUAUAUUUUUGACUAUUGCUACUGUGAUUGUAUCUCGUCAAGUACUUCAAGGAAUCCACGUAUGACGUAAUAACAGCUUUGUCUUUUCCUUUUGAGGUAGGGUAACACAAAACUAUCAGACGCGCUCGCACGCCUAUUUCUUAACUUAGUAUUAUUAUUAAUAAAGACAUAUCGUACACGGAAUGCCGAUAUCGGUUGCACCCCGAAUUUGUACAUUGCAUUAUGAUGACUGUAACAAAAUAUGUCUCGGCGCUACAUAGUAGUGACUUCACAUUUAUCUAUGACCAGUUUUGACAUCUUGAUAUUUUUACUUGUUUAGCUUUUGCAGUUACAUGGUCAAGAGCACAAGAAGCUUGACAGACAAUAAGAAUAGCCUAAAGUGUCAAGCUAGAUGGGCUCUUGGCUGUAAUAAGUUCA